AUGAAUGAGAUCAAGAAGAUCCUCCCCGAGGAUGCUGUUUCCAACUCUGACGAUGAAUUGGCAAGCCAUGCGGACACCUACUGGAACUCCCAUCACCCUACUUCCGAGCAAAGGGCAAAAUACGUGGUGUACCCCUCCACCACCGAGGAUGUCUCUAAAAUCAUGGUGCUCUGUAGGGAGCACAAGGUGCCGGUGGUGCCGAUGAACGGCGCCUCCUCGUUGGAAGGGCACUUCAUCCAGACAAGACAGGGUCUUGUAAUCGACCUAUCGCGUAUGAACAAAAUCAAACAGCUCAACAGAGACGAUUUGGAUGUGGUGGUUCAGGCCGGUGUCGCCUGGGAGGAUUUGCAGGAGUUUUUGGAACCCCACAACUUGAUGUUUGGCCCUGACCCCGGUCCGGGGGCGCAGAUUGGCGGGAUGGUGGCCACUUCGUGCUCCGGUACCAAUGCGUUCAGGUAUGGUACGAUGAAAGAAAACGUUGUGAACUUGACGGUGGUUUUGGCAGACGGUACCGUCAUCAAGACCAAGCAGAGAGCGAGAAAGUCCUCAGCGGGGUAUAACUUGACAGGUUUGUUCAUCGGCAGCGAAGGUACCUUGGGAGUUAUCACCGAAGCCACCUUAAAGCUCCAUGUAAAACCGUUGAAGCAAACAAUUGCGGUAGUUCCGUUCAACUCUAUCUACGACGCCACCAGCGCUGUGAAGGAUAUUUUGGAGCACGGGAUUCAGUUGGAUGCCAUGGAGCUCAUGGAUGGAAAGAUGAUGGAGUGUGUCAACGCUUCUGGCGAGACCGAAAAAGUCUGGACUGAGAAACCUACGUUGUUCUUCAAGAUCGGUGGUGCCUCUGAUACCAUUGUCAAAGAGUUGGUAAAAUCCGUGAAGGAAAUCACAGGUAAGCACGAAAGCUUGAAGUUUGAGUUUGCCAAGUCUGACGAUGAAAAGACGGAGUUGUGGAGUGCCAGAAAGGUUGCCUUGUGGUCCAGUAUCAACUACGGUAGAAAGGUGUUGGACGAGCCAGCGGCCCAGCUCUGGACUACGGACUAUGCAGUGCCCAUCUCUAAGCUCCCAUCAGUCAUCUCUGAAACCGUAAAGGACAUCGAAGACACCGGGUUGCGAUGCACAACGGUGGCCCACGCGGGUGAUGCCAACGUCCACCACUUUAUCGUGUACACCCCGGAGCAAAGAGAGGUAGCGAAGCAAGUUGUUGAAAGAAUGGUUAAGCGUGCCCUUGCGGCUGAGGGGACGUGUACUGGUGAGCAUGGCAUUGGCUACGGGAAGAGAGAUUAUUUGUUAUGGGAGGUCGGCCAGGAUACUGUCGACUUGAUGAGAAAGAUCAAGAUGGGCAUGGACUACUAUCGUAUAUUGAAUCCUGACAAGAUCUUCCAAGUCGAUCCAAGAGAAAAAACUGAAGAUCACUAA